UCUUCAAGUGCAGGUAAGAAUUCAUUAAACAAAUUGAAAAUAUGGAUUUGUUUUUGGCAAUUUGAUAGCUGAAAAUGGGUUUCUUGCAGGAAGAAGAGCUUAGGCGUAAAUUAGCAGAAAAGAGGCAACAACACUAUUUUGUGCUGAUCCGGGCGGCGAAGGAGUCGGCGUCACAAAUGAUAAAGGGACAAGGAGGUGAAGGCGUUUUGCAAGCCGAUCUGGAGGCUCGGGCAUUGCAGCUUAGCACGGAGGCUCAAGUUUGGCAGGCAAAGGCGAGGGUGCAGGAGGCAGUUGCGGCAGCGCUACAAGCGCAGCUACAGCGAGCCAUCAUUACCAUUUUAAACGCUAUGUAUAACGAUUCUCAGAAAUUUCAAGUUUUAACCGAUAAUGCUUUUUGAAAGCUCGAUGAUUGUUGACUGCUUGUUCUUGUGGGAUGAUUUGUUUUUAAACUUUUAGGUGUUAUUUUAUUUUUUAAUGGAUUAAACAUCAAAGAACA